CUUCAAUGUCUUACGUACUUUCAGGCCGGAUUAAGUGCCGGUCAUUGGUGAUUCCCACAAGGCUUUCAAACCUCAUCUCGUCCAACACUCCAUCUCAAAGCCGACAAGGUCGACUCGGCCAGUUCUUCGCUAUUCCUUACAGUAGUAGCGAGUCCCUCUCCUCCCCCGCGAAUAAUCAACAACAGCAUGACAAUCCCUCAGUCGACGGCGGAGAUGCCCGCCAUGAUGUACGGUACCGCAUGGAAGAAAGAACGCACCGCCGAUCUCGUCUACCAGGCCAUCAAGGCCGGCUUCCGGGGUAUUGACACGGCUGCCAUGAAGAGACACUAUGACGAAGUCGGUACGGGCGAAGGUAUCCGCCGUGCAAUCAGAGAGGGCAUCUGUACCCGCAAAGACCUCUUUAUCCAGACAAAGUUCACCCCGGUAGACAACACCUCCGCAUACUCUCCAGCAGACCCGAUUCCCGCCCAGAUCCACGCCUCAAUCACCUCCUCCCUGGCCAACCUCUUCCCCACGGACCCAUCAGACCAUACCAACGGCAGCGGCGGUUGUGACGGCGGCAAACCCUACCUCGACGCCCUCAUCCUCCACUCGCCCUUCCCCACCACGCAGCAGACCCUCGAGGCCUGGAACGCCCUGCAAGCCUACCUCCCCGCCGCCCCGCGAGACCCCUCCUCCUCCUCCUCCGGCCACCCCCGAGGCCAGGCCCCGGACGACGACCCCCGCGCCGGCACGAUCCUGCGCCUCGGCAUCUCCAACAUCACCCUCCCCGUCUUGCGCGCGCUGGCCUCCGCGGCGGGGACGGUGCUGCCGCAGAUCGUGCAGAACCGGUUCCGCGCGGCCGAGCGGGCGUGGGACGCCGACGUGCGCGCGUGGUGCGCCGAGCGGGCGGUCUCGUACCAGGCCUUCUGGACGCUGACGGCCAACGGGGCGGUCUGGCGGCAGCAGCGCGCCGGCUUCGUCGCCGACGUGGCGCGCGGCGCGGGCGUGUCGCCCGCCGGGGCCUGGUACGCGCUGCUGAUGCUGGCCGCCGGGCUGGUGGUGCUCAACGGGACCACGGACCCGGCCCACAUGAGGGAGGAUCUCGAGGUGCUCGAGCGCGUCCGCAGGUGGAGGGAGACGGCCGAGGGGAGAGAGGUCUGGGGGAGGUGCGCGACGGAGUUUGGGCGGCUCGUCGGAGGAGGUGUGGUCGACCAAGGAGGGAACGAGUCUUGAGUGUGUGGGGGGGGGGGUGAAAGUGGUCGUUGCCGUUCACAGAAGCAGA